AUGCCCAGCGAUAAAAAGAAUAAAGAGACAGCACAAAGUACUGCAGAUUCCUAUGCUGCUUAUUCUGAAGCAGGCUAUCAAGCAACAGGUUCUGAGUAUGAUUAUAGUAAUCAGUAUUAUUAUGGUUAUGAUUAUUCAGUUGGAGCAUAUGCAGAUCCAAGUGCUACAGCAGCUGAUUACAGCAACUACAAUCAAUAUUAUUCCCAAUACUAUGAUUCAAAUACUUAUUCAACAAAAUCAACAUCAGGUGCAUCAUCAAGUUAUAAACCAACAGGCACAUUAGCGGCUGCGGGUCCUUCUCCCUAUACACCUGUAACAACAACAUCAAAUAAUGCUACAAGUGGUGUCAAGACAUAUUACCCAAAUCAAUCUAAUCCCAAUAACCCAGUAGGACCUGUUAUUAUAACAAAAUCAGGCUACGCAGGACCAUCAACUACAACUACAACUACAACUUCCGGUAGUGGCAAUAGUAGUAGCGAUAAAGACAAGAAAAAGAAAAAGAAGUCCUAUGUACGAGUUGCAGGAGGAGAAGUAUGGGAAGACCCUACUUUGGUUGAUUGGGAUGACCAAGAUUAUCGCUUAUUCGCUGGUGAUUUGGGUAAUGAGGUAACUGAAGAAUUGUUGUAUAAGACUUUUUCAAAGUAUCCUAGUCUUAUAAGAACACGUGUUGUACGUGAUUCGCGUACAAUGAAAUCAAAAGGAUAUGGCUUUAUCAGUUUCAAGGAUCCUGAUGAUUUUGUGCGUGCAUGGAGAGAAAUGAAUGGUAAAUAUGUAGGAAAUCGACCUAUUAAAUUGCGAAAGAGUACAUGGAAAGAGCGUAAUAUAGAAAUCAAGGCCAAGAAAGAAAGGGAGCGUAUGGGGCCAUAUAGUAAAAUACGUUAA